UGUGACCGUCUGUCAUAGAUUAGAGAGACUAGUAUCCUUACUUAGGUUUUAAAGACUUAUCAUAUUUGGGGUUCUCGUAAUUAAUAUACUUACAUUUACAUUCCUUGUUUUUAGGUUACCUAUUAAUCCGGUGGGUUUAUUUUUUGUGAGGGUAAAUUAAGGUAAUCUAAUGAGCCUACUACAAGUUACUAUUAUACUAUUUUUUAAUAAUAUUUAGUGUUAUUAGAAUUAAGCUAAAAAGUAAAAUUGUUUUGGUACUUAAAGUGAACCUAAAUAAUUAUUGUUAUUGACAUUAUGUCAAAAAAAUUAUAUUUAGUUCUUUUCGUUAUUUUUUACUGCUGUUUUGCAAAAAAAUAUCAAAAUGAAGAUAAACCUUCGUGGGCUAAAAAAGAUAUUAGAGAUUACUCCGACGCUGACAUGGAACGAUUAUUUGAUCAAUGGGAAGAAGAUGAAGAGCCACUACCAGAAGAUGAACUUCCAGAGCAUCUACGGAAACCUCCACAGAUAGAUCUAACAAAAAUGGACAUGUCUAAUCCAGAAUCAGUACUACAAGCUACUAAAAAGGGCCAAACAUUAAUGAUGUUUGUUAAUGUAGCCAAUAAGCCAUCCAGAGCAAGGACUGAGGAGUUAACAAAGAUCUGGCAAGCUGGAUUAUGGAGUAAUCACAUGCAAGCAGAAAGGUACUUGAUAGAUGAUGAUAGAGCUAUUUUUAUGUUCAAUGAUGGGUCUCAAGCUUGGACGGCUAAAGAAUAUUUAUUAGAGCAAGAAGAAUUGAAAGAUGUUCAGUUAGAAAGUCAAACAUACACAGGGAAGAAAUCUGAUGUUAAAAACAAAGCUUUAAGAGAUGAAUUAUAAUAGAUCUGAAUUAUUAAGCAUUUUUAAUUAAAACUCAAAUUAAUAAUAAAAUUUUUGUUUAUUUUUUUUUUAUAUACGUAGUAAAGGAUUGACACUGCGGCCAGUUGGAAUUGAUGAUUUGAAAUUACAUGUAUACUGGUUAGUCAUAUUUUUUAAUGAGAUAAAUAUUGAUCCAACCAGUUCAUAUAGAUAACUAGAAUUCUCGAAUAAUAUAUAUCCUAUAUUACUUGCUGAUAGUGUAGCUCUCAAUAAAUGAAAGAACUUAUAAAAUUAAA